AUGAGCCGAUCAACCGUUUUUCUUAUAUUCCUUUCAUUCUUUGGAAUAGCAUCUGCUAUUUCUCCAAUCAACCUAGAGAACUGUAUCCCUGGAAGCUUUUUUGUGGAGAACUACAUCAAAUACGAAUGCUUUCAAAGUGGAACAGUUAAAGGAUACACUAUUGCUGGAUGCCAACCAUCAAAUGACUUGACUGGCGUUACUUUGAUGCAAUGGGAAACAUACAACGAGAAAUGGUUCAAGUAUCAUUGUGUCAUCGAUGGACGUAACGCUCAGUAUUCUGUUAAAGCCUGUCUUGAUCCAGUCGGAGAAGUUCUUCCAGUCGGAAAGAGCCGUUCCUUCCCAGAUGGAGAGACAUUCACCUGCUUCAUCGAACGUGACAAGGUCAAAUUGAACCACCAGACAAGUGAGCAGAACGUAUACUACCACGCUCUCGUACCAGCUAACUAUGUUAUCGUCAGACCAAAUGGUGAUAUUGAAAUCUAA